AUGUCCGAUCGCGCCUCCUCGGCGUCAUUCCGACUAGGACCUCCUUCGCCAUCGUCUCCAGCCGCUGGGUCUCUGAAAGCGGACCAUCCUCCAUAUAUCUCAUCCGAACAUACUCCGCAGACCCCGACAUCUCCUCCGUUGAUGUCGGUAAGCGCUCAGAGCUAUGCCUCCAAUUUCGCAUCCUCGCAAACAUCACCCGGUCAGGCAACGUUACAACCUGCAAACCUCUCCUCCCCGCCUUCUUCCGUGCCGAUGUCUACCCAAGCCUCACAACAGCCAACAGUAGGUACAACGAAUUCGUUUCCGACGCCAGCUAGCAGUGUGAGUGGCCACUUCACGGGGGCAACGCCUGUCGAUGAUAGCGAACAUACAGAAAAGUCGUUUGGGCAGGAAAUGGGAGCGAUAUCUACAGCAGACAUGAAUGCACCCAUGCAACAAGCAGAGCACAGGCGAACAGAUCAUGAGCGGCAGUCGGAAGGGCCGAGAGCGCAAACCGGAGUCCGCGAUUUUGGGAACAUGGGCGGCCAGGACAUGCUGGAUCAUGGCGGUGCCAUGGAUAUCGAUAAGGACAUGGCGGCUCCAUCUAACCAUGACUCAGGUCUAGAAUCGCUGCAGAAAGAGUUUACGUCGGCCUUUCAUCUUUGCAAAAGUUCCCAUAUUGCGACUGGUCCGGACCCGUCCUAUGAUCUUGUCUCCUUAUACGGGCUUGGUCCGGUUGCGAAAUCGGUUGCAAGGAUGGAUCCAGUAACGGGGGAGAAGAUCAACAGACUUAGGAAGUCCUACGAAGGGAAAUUGAAGGGUCUAGGCCUAGCAGGGAGGAAUAAACCUGUGAAACAUGACCCAAAUACUCCCGGCGGGCUGAGGCACAUGACGUUGUGGCCGGAAGAAGAGUGGCAAAACCAGAAAGUGUUCGGGAAGGAAAUCAAGGUUGCUGAUAUCGAUUCCGCGCUGCAUAAUCUCCAGAUGAAAGCCAUGAAAAUGGAGCCGGGCACAGUCCAGAACAACGAUUACUGGGAAGAUAUCCUAGGUCACGAAAAGCAGUCGAAACAUGCCAGCACUGGGGAUAUUAGCAAAAAGACCGCGACACCUUCCAACGGCACUCGAGCGCCUAGCCAACCGAAUGGAACACCUACUACAGCCGAAUCGGAACGGAUCCGGCCCAGUCGGGGGCGUAAGAGGCAUUAUGAUGACAACAGCUUUGUUGGUUACGGUGAAGGCUACGCAGAUGACGAUGAUGAUGGCGCAUUCUAUUCCAAUAGCGAAGGGAUUAGCAAGAAGAAACGGAAGAAGGAUCAUGUGUCGAAGAUUGCAACUCCUCUACCCGAAAGAGGUGGAAGCUACGGGGUCGAGUCGCUUAUAAUGGUAAUCCACCAAUCAAGCUCCAAACCUCAAUUACACUGCCGUCAAACCUCCCCAUUGACACUCUUCACUUGGCGCAACUGGCGCUCGUCUCGACUCUCACUAGCAGGAUCUAAAUAA